AUGAAGUUUACCAAUGUUCAAGACCCCGCAUUCUUUAGAAAUCUAGGUUUUGACAAGACGUACCCUGAGAUGCAGUGGUUUUCAAAAAAACAAGACGAUAUCAUUAUUCCUUUCAUAUUUCCAGAAGGAGUAUCAAGAGAUUUAUCAAAAGUAAAAAAAUUAGAGGAUAGCACCUUUCAUUUAUGGAUGUUUGAAAGAGUUGAUUGCCCAGAAUUAUGUAAAACAAUGAAACUUCCUGGUCAAUAA